UUUUUACUGGCUAUUGUUCUUUAAUAAUAGAAAUUCUUUAAUAGAUAUUAUAACGUUACAAAUGUUUGUUAGUAAAUAGAAUAUGGAAGGCUAAAUGUAACGUUUUUCUUUCUGUCUCGAGAUACAAAGAACGGUUAAGUGUUAUAACAUAUAUUGAAACAGCUUCAGAAGGUCAAAAAAAAAAUAUACAUGGAACUGUUUCGACUGUCUUUAGACAGUCAGGAAAAGAUACAAAUAUGGAAUCGACGAACUCUACCAUGGAUUUGGCUUAUAGUUUUUAUAGUGAAAGCUCAAAUUCUUCAAUAAGUUUAAACAAAGCGAUGCUUAUGUCAGUCGAUGAUAAUACGUUAAAUUCUAACAAUAAUAGUUGUUAUCAUUCGUAUGUCGAAGAACAAAAUGAAACGUUAUUUGAACACACCGAUAGCACAAGUUUAAAACCUUUAUCCAAUUUUACGAUUAAUUCGAACUCGGAACAAGAAAAUUCAGAUAAUUUGGAAGAUACACAACAUACAAAUAUCGAAGAAGAGAAUCAUGAAGGAUAUAUCCCAUUAAGAACGUUGUUAAGAAACAUGUUUGAGGAAAUUUUAGGAAAGUAUAAUGGAAUCACAAGACAGUCAAAUGUAAGUUCGAUUAACAGAAGUUCAAACAGUGACAAUUCAAUGGAUAAUUGGGACAAUGCAGAUGAAGUAAAUAAUAAUCUUUUAAUUUGUCAAACACAAAAAUCUAAUAAUAUUGUUAUAACUACUAUCGAUAAUGUAAAAGAUCCUGAUAAAAUUAUUGGUUUAUCUUCACAGCAUAUAUUAGAUUCUAGAAGCAUAAAUACAAUAUUAGAAAAUUCCAAUGAAAGUUCUAGUAAUUCACAGAUAAAUGAUAGUUCUAAAUGGUCUGGAAGAUUAAUAGACAAAUUGAGAAAUUUCACUUCUCACAGAAGAGAAAAAAAAUAUAGAAAUCAUAUAUUUAUUACCAGUGAUAUAAGCAAUGAAAGUAUAUCUUCGAGCAUAUCAGGUGAUGUUAAAAAAGUAACCGAAGAAAUUUUUCAAAAGGCAAAUAAUUUAUCAAUGGAUGAUUCUUUAAAAUUAAAAAGUAAUAAUGCAACACCAAAUAAUGAAAAAGUAAAAUCUCCAAUAAAAAAAAAACGGAGAAGUGUAUCUUUACCGAAAUAUAUGGAAGAUGAAAAUACUGAACGACAAAAUGAGAAAAUAUUAAUUAAUAAUUCACAAAAGAGUUAUACACCACCCUAUAUAAGAAAUAGAUCAAAUUAUAUAAGUACAUCACCGAUUAAACCAGUAAAAUACUUAAGGCAAUAUUUUGCGAAUUUAGAUAAUAAAAAUAAUAAAAAAAAUAUAAAGCGGUCGCCAAAGCUAAAUAAAUAUAUAAGAAGACACAGAAUACCUUAUAUACGUGUAAUACCUGCUACACCAAAAUAAAUUAUGAAUAUAUAUAAGUGGAAUUUAUU